AUGGAUAACCCGGUUGCGGCGAAUGUAUUGGGGACCAUGGGCGCGGUAGGUAUAGUGUGCUGGUCUGUCCAGUUGAUACCCCAGAUCAUAAUAAAUUGGCGACGACACAAUGCCACCGGCCUGCAACCGACCAUGAUGAUGCUCUGGGCUUGGGCUGGCGUGCCGCUAGGCGUGUACAACAUCGUGGAGGACUUCAAUGUCGCGCUCCGGAUCCAGCCGCAGAUAUUAACCUUCUUGAGCUUGGCCACUUGGAUUCAGUGCUACUACUAUGAACGAAAGUGGACCGUUCUCCGCGCCCUCGUUGUCGUAACUCCGAUCGCCGUCUUCAUGGGUGGAAUCCAAGUUGCUCUUGUAUUCUCAUUGAGAAUCGCGAAACAUCAACAUCUGCAAUGGCCGUUGACCCUCAUGGCGGUGCUUUCAGCUGUACUGCUAGCUGCUGGGGUGCUUCGACACUAUUGGGACAUCUAUAUCCACCGCACAGUUCGCGGUAUCUCGUUCAUAUUCGUGGGCAUUGAUGCGAUGGGCGAUCUGACAUCUUUAGUCUCGGUCCUCUUUCAGCCUACAUUUGAUGUUCUCGGACUCGUCAUCUAUGGUAGUGAAUUAAUCCUUUGGAUUGGCGUCUUCGCCUGUGGAGGGUAUUACAAUUUCGUCCCAUGGGUGUGCAAGAGGUUGGGAAGGAAAGGAAGAAACGCGGGAAGUGAACAGGCUUCGCCAGUCCCAUCAAGACUUAGCGAUCAUUGGAGUACUAUGGCGGAAGGUGGAGUGCCUAUUGCAUUGCAUGAUUUACCCUCCAGCACGUCCGUUUUUCGAACCCCUUCUGAGCUUGAUGUCGUAAGAGCGCGGACAACGAUAUCCAGAAGAAGCGACAGUGAAGAUGAGGAAAGGGCUUGA